AUGGAAAAGAUUAAUGAGAAGGGAAUUGUAUGUGUAACUGGUGGAACAGGUUAUGUAACAUCUUGGUUGAUACUGAGGCUACUUCAAUCUGGCUAUUAUGUUAAUACCACAAUUAAUAAUAACAUGGAUGAAGAAAGAGCAAGUUUUUUGAAGAAAUUGCCAAAUGCAUCACAAAAACUUAAAAUUUUCACAACAAAUCAUGAAGAUCAUGAAAGCUAUAAUCCAGCAAUUGAAGGGUGCAAUGGUGUCAUAAUUGGUCACUCUGUUGAUUUCGAGGAUAAAUACGACGAUGAGGAGAGGGAAAUUCAACGAUCCAUCGAUGGAACUUUAGGCAUUUUGAAGGCAUGUUUAGAUUCGAAAACAAUAAAACGAGUCAUAUAUACUUCAAGUGAUGGUACAAUUGGUUUUAUUGAAGGGGGUCCAAAUGUAGUAGAUGAAAGUAAUUGGACAAAUAUAGAAUAUGAUUCUGGCGUUAUCGCAUUGGUCCACGUGGAUGAUGUUGCUCGAGCUCACAUAUUUCUUUUGGAAUCUACUAAAGUUAAAGGGAGUUGUUUGAAGGUGACAAAAGCAUUUAACUGUCCCCGCCCUUGUUCGAAGAAAUUGUUGGAUGUAGGUUUCAAAUACAAGUACAGUCUUGAAGAUAUGUAUGAUGGAGCCAUUGCUUCUUGCAAACAAAUUGGUUUACUCUAG